AUGGGUGCUCAGGAAGAUCCUUUGAAGACAGCUGCAUUCAUUUUUGCAGGGUUUUCUAUGAUGCUUAAUAUUAGGCUAUGUUAUAGUUCAGCUCCAUAUGCGCUCAUUAGAUUUAAGUUGCCUGAGGAUCUUUUUAGUAUAUUUGUUAGAAGGAUGUCUAGUUCAUUGGAACUUUGGUGUCUGCCAAGUAUUGUUAUUGGAAACAUUAUGGAUCAGCUCCGAAUACGUUCUGGUGUAGAUAAGGAGUCUAUAAUUACCUGGCCAUCCAUUCUUUGUAUGUGGAUAGACUUCCUCACUUAUGUCAUACUUCUAAUAGUAUAUUUGAUGGGUGGUGAACAGGGUCAUCUAACUGCCCAUUAUUGGAUCAUCGCAUUUUCUGGAUUCAAUUUCGGUAUUGAAAUGGUGUUGGUAUAUGCACAGGAUGAUGAUGGUACUAUUACUUGGUAUAUGGUUGGUGAAAACUCUUUUCCAUUGUUUACUUCAGUUGUUCAUUAUUUAACCACACUCAUGUUUGGUAACAGAAGGAAAUGGAACUCAGAUUACAUUGUAGUUUUUGUGGAUAUUAUAGCUGCAAUCAUGAUCUCAUUCACUGCAGCUCUGAUAUGGACCAUAAAGUUCAAGCCAACUGGUGGCUCAGGUACUAAGUGCAAUAGACUCACUCUCAAUCCCACUGGGAACCAGUUAUCCUAUUCCUCUGAUGAAGUUGCUUGCACUAAUUAUCCUACAGCAGCUGAUGGUCAUAAUCAUAAAGGUGGUUUUCCAACACAUACUCAUUAUUCUGCCAAAAAUGCUGGUUCAUGUAGGUAUGACAGUAAUAGAUGGCAUAAUUUUUCUCCCGUCCUCAUGAUCAUAGUAGGUAUGGGUCUAGUUUACAUGAUAUAUCCAGCCAUUGCACCUGGUAUGAUCGUACCAUUCUAUUUAGUUGAUAGGAUUGAUAUGAUACUCCUAAUAGCCACAGCUGUCCCACCAGUGAUUGUAGCUCUGCUAAAGAAACAUGAUUUGGGUCCAUUUGUAUGGUUGGGUAAUUGGGGUGGAAGUCAUAAUCCGUUCGGCACAGCCACUGAAUCAGAUCCUAUUACCCAAGCCACCAUUAACCUCACUCAACUUGAAAGUAGUCAUACUCUAACACUGAAAGAUAGUGGUACUGUUGUUCAAGAGGUCACAUUAGAUGUUAGUGGUCAAACUGCUUCCAUCAAUCAGAUCAAAGACCAAACUUCUGCCAACAUCAACCUCAAACUAAAGCUGGCAGAAGUUACAAUCACUCUCAACGGUACUAGUAAUACCCUCAAGGCCAAUGGUUCAAUAACCACCACCAAGAAAGUCACACCUAUUAGUGGUGGUACUGUAGAAACUGCUCUCAAAAAAGAUCAUGACCUACUCUUCACCGGCAGUGGCCUUAAAAAAGAAGGUCUUGGCCUUGGAAGUGUGAUUAUUGGUCCAGGUACUACCGAUAAGAAGGAACUCAAUCUCAAUGAUACUGAUCUCAAUGCCAAUAAUAAUGGUAAACCUACCAACCUCAAUCUAGAACUCAAGCCUGGCACCAAAUCCAAAUCCACAGGAAGUGGCACUGAACCUAAUGAAAGUCUGACCCUCUCAGGAACCAACACUCGUCUCGAUCUGUCUGGUGGUAUCACAGGAACUCUCACAUUCAAUAGUGGUACUCUAACUGCCUCCUCCAUCACUAAUGUCAAAUAUAAUCUCAACGACUUCCACUAUACAUCUACAAAUGAAAAGUCCACUAAUUAUCAGAAUUAUUGCUGUAUUGGUGGUAAACUAAUGACUUGGCAAUCUGGUAAAUCUGGUAUGCCUACUUGGCAUUUAUGUGAUGUUUUUGUCAUUCUAAUGAUCAUCCUAGCAAUCAUAUUUGUAUACUCACUUCAUUAUAGAGACUCUGCAAUAUCCCGUGCUAUCAUUAAUCAACCCAAAAUGUCCACUGCACUAUCUAUUAUAUUUUAUAUGUGUCAUGAAAUAUCACUGGCUGUAGGAUUUCCUGGAAUAGCCAGUGAUGAAGAUGUUAUUUUACCAAUCCAGCUUGUAGGUGCAUUCCUUAUGGUACUACUGGCACCAUAUUCUGAAGGCUACCUAAUUGAGUACAAGCGGCACGAUCCCCAACAUUGGCCUACAGAAGGAAUGACCCCGUGGAACUUUUUAUUUGUUUCUUAUUAUUUGUCGAGUAUCUAA